CCAGGCCAGCACGCGGCGGCGCUCCCGCGCCAGCACGUCUCCGUCCCCGUCCCCGUCCCCGUCCCGCGCCUCCGCCCCCUCGCUCGCUCCUUCCCGCCCUCCCCGCAGCGCUGGCCCAGCCGGCUUCCCCUCGGUCUCUCAUGAAUAUUGAGUGGCCCCUGUUGUAGUUCCCGAGCUCCAUUGCGGAAGCCCAGGCUCGCCAUAUUGUGCGGCGGCGCCGGCGGCCGCGGCGCCUUGGACCCGAGUCUCGCUCCGGCCGCGGUCAACGGAGUCCGGGCUGGGGCAGGCGCCGCAAUGUCUCAGGCUGUGCAGACAAAUGGAACUCAACCAUUAAGCAAAACAUGGGAACUCAGUUUAUAUGAAUUACAACGAACACCUCAGGAGGCAAUAACGGAUGGCUUGGAAAUUGUGGUUUCACCUCGAAGUCUACACAGUGAAUUAAUGUGCCCAAUUUGUUUGGACAUGUUGAAGAACACCAUGACUACAAAGGAGUGUUUGCACCGUUUUUGUGCAGACUGCAUUAUCACAGCCCUCAGAAGUGGCAAUAAAGAAUGUCCUACAUGUCGGAAAAAGCUAGUUUCCAAACGAUCACUAAGGCCAGACCCGAACUUUGAUGCACUCAUCAGCAAAAUUUAUCCAAGUCGUGAUGAGUACGAAGCUCAUCAAGAGAGAGUAUUAGCCAGAAUUAAUAAGCACAAUAAUCAGCAAGCACUCAGUCACAGCAUUGAGGAAGGACUGAAGAUACAGGCCAUGAACAGACUACAGCGAGGCAAGAAACAACAGAUUGAAAAUGGCAGUGGAGCAGAAGACAAUGGUGACAGUUCUCACUGCAGUAAUGCAUCCACACACAGCAAUCAGGAAGCAGGGCCCAGUAACAAACGGACCAAAACAUCAGAUGAUUCUGGGCUUGAGCUUGAUAACAAUAAUGCAACAGUGGCAAUUGAUCCAGUAAUGGAUGGUGCUAGUGAAAUUGAGUUAGUGUUCAGGCCUCAUCCCACACUGAUGGAAAAAGAUGACAGUGCACAGACAAGAUACAUAAAGACUUCUGGUAAUGCCACUGUUGAUCACUUAUCCAAGUAUCUGGCUGUGAGGUUAGCUUUAGAAGAACUUCGAAGCAAAGGAGAAUCAAACCAGAUGAACCUUGAUACAGCCAGUGAGAAGCAGUAUACCAUUUAUAUAGCAACAGCCAGUGGGCAGUUCACUGUAUUAAAUGGCUCUUUUUCUUUGGAAUUGGUCAGUGAGAAAUACUGGAAAGUGAACAAACCCAUGGAACUUUAUUAUGCACCCACAAAGGAGCACAAAUGAGCUUUUACUAAAACCAAUCUGGAUAAUGAACUUUUUUAUAGCCUAUUUCUUUAUUAUUAAAGAUGUAUCAUCAUUACUUUUAUGGACAGUAUCUUGGAUAUGUUGUUCAACUUUCUUCCUGAGCCAGCCUCGUUUAUACUCAUAGGAUCUUUUCCCCUUAAUUUAAGAUUUCCUUUUUGGAAGGGACUACAGUUAUUCAGAACCUUUCUUUCCUUUUAAAAAUAUAUCUAAGUAGUAUGUCUUUACAAAGUAUGGUUUCAUUUGGAGCACUCUUUGACCCAGGAAUUUUCAUAAUUUUGGAUUCUUUUUUUUUUUAAUCUCACCUGAGAAUAUGUUUUAUUGAUUUCUAUAAAGAGAAGAAGGGAGAGAAACAUCAAUGUGAGAAACAUCAAUGGUUGCCUCUUGUAUGUGCCCUGACUAGGGUUGAAGCUGCAACCUAGGUAUGUGCCCUGACUGGGAAUUGAACCUGCAACCUUUUGGUGUAUGGGAUGAUGCGCCAACCAGUGAAGCCACCUGGCCAGGGCAUGGUUCUGUAUUCUUAAGAUUCAUUUGGCCAUCUUUUUCCCUCCCCUCAAAAGUUUAGGCCUUACAGAAUGUGAAAUAAUAUGUAUUUUGACUUUUUUUCCCCCCUGGAGUCUUGUAUGUUUAUAGUUUUCUAUAUAAGCUGUAGUAUUUCAUGAAAACCAAAGCUCAAAUUUACUGUGUUCAAAAAUCAGUUCUCAUAGGAUUAUUAUUUUCAUAGUCUUAUCUUCCGUAAUCUCCAUCUCUCUCUUUUUUUUUUUUUUUCAGAAAGGUUCUUUAUGAACUUAGUGUUCAUUGUCAUGCAAUGCUAUUUUUUUUUCCAUUUCUCUCCUACUCUAAUUUUGGAAUUUCUGAUCCUGGGAAAGAAUCAAACAAAAUCUCAAGUUCAGUGAGAACUUGGUUCAUUUACAGAUUUCACUGAAGAAAGAAAUAUUAUAUUGGUCUUAUGUAAUCUCCAGGUAUAUAUUUAAAGAGGUCUUUUUUUUUGUAUUAGUUCUGUCAGUGCAGUUCCUUUAUUAUGUAUGUUUGAUGAUUUUCCUAUUAAAAUAUCAGAGAUAUGGAGAUAUUUUGCACUUUAGCCUCGAUGAAAAGUACAAGAUAUGUUCAAAGCUUCCCCAAUUUUUUCUGUGUUGGUAGCUAUGUAAGUUAAUAACAUGGCAUAUGAACUAAUGAUAUGGGGGAAAAUGUUUGCUUCUGUUUGAAAAAUGUGUUUAGUAUUUUGCGUUGCCAUAUAUGUUUGUAAAUUUGGUGCUUUGCUAAUUACCCUCUAGAGAAGCAAGUUAACAGAGCUUAGACCUGCCUUGAUAUGUAGUAAAAGAUAAUUCUGCAGAAGGAUGUCAGCCAGGAGAGUAAAAGUCAUUGUCUUCUUAAUUUAGUUUUAUAUUGAGGAACAGUGUUCAGCGUUUGGACCCAGAAGGCUUUAUGAUGGCAGGUCAGAAAUAAGAUGGGAUUAUGUGUUAUUUUUCAUCCCUGUUCUGAUUUCAGGUAUGUUUCCAAGUUUGUAUUAUCACAGUAUUUACAAAGACAUGUUUGCAUUGAGAAAUGGACCCUACAGGGUUUUUACCAGGGGGGAGACAGAACCGUAACUAAAGUCUUACCUAGAUCUUGGAACUAUUUAUCUGUCAUUUUUGACAUUUUGGGGCCAGCUUGAGGUUUUAAAUCUUCAAUCCAAUAUUAAAACGUAAAGGCUUAUUCAAUUUUUUACCAUUUUACUGAAAAUACUUAAAAUAUGUUUUUGUAGUUUUUUUGGUAAACUGUGCCAUGAAAUUUGAAAACCAUGAAAAGUCACGGGAACUUUUGUAUUCAAUUACUUUUUCUGUUGUAAUGUUAAAUUGUAUAGACUAUCAGUGCAUGCCCACUCAAUAUAACCCUGGUUUUGUGAUAUAACUGUUUAGAUUUUAUUGGUGACAUUAGAUUAGUGGUUGCAUUAAAUAACUAAAUUCUCAUUGUGAUUAUUAAUUGAAAUUUUGUCUUUAAGCAAAAAGUUAUUUGUGAAUAUAAGCUUUGUGCUUAGAAAAUGUAUGUGUUUAUAUUUGCCAGUUUGGGGGUGGAUGUAAAUUCUGCAUCAUUAGUGAAUUCAUUCAUAUCUGUAGUCUUUUGCAAAAUAUAGUUAUAGAUAUUUGAUAGAUAUCAUAGGUAUUUGAUAGAGUAGUGAGUGCAGUGUUGUGUGUGUGUGUGUGUGUGUGUGUUUGUGUUUUGGGGGUAGGUACUGUUUAUCAUUACUACCAGCUGAGAUUUUAUAAAGUAUUAUCUAAAUAAAUUCUGUAACCACCAUCUGUGUUGAGGAACAAAAGGCUCAUCAAAUGUGGUGAGGCCCUUGGAUACAUUAUCAUUUAAAAAUUUACUAUGGUAAAAUACAUAUAACCAAAUUUACCAUUUUAAUUUUUUAAAUAUACAGUUUAGUGGCAUUAAGUACAUUCACAAUAUCAUGUAACCAUCACCACUAUUUCCUGAACUUUUUUUUAUCAUCCCAAACAAACUCUGUACCCAUUCAACAUUAACUCCUAUUUCCUCCCCCCACUCUAGCCCCUGGUAACCUCUGUUCUACUUUCUCUCUUUGAAUUUGACUAUUUUAGUCACCUUAUGUAAAUGGAAUCAUAAAAUAUUUGUUCUUUGUGUCUGUUUUAUUUCAUAUAUUAUGUUUUGAAGUGUCAUCCAUGUUGUAACAUGUAUCAGAAUUUUAUUCCUUUUUUUGGCUGAAUAAUAUUCCAUUUUAUGUAUAUAAACAUUUUGUUCAUCUGUUGAUGGACACCUAGGUUGAUGGACAUUUUUUGCUGUUGUGAAUAAUGCUGCUAUGAAUAUUUUGUGUGUGUAUCUGUUCAGGUCUCUGCUUUCAAAUCUUUGGGGUAUAUAGGAGUGAAGUUGCUGGAUUGUAUGAUAAUUCUGUGUUUACUUUUAGGAAUCCGAAACUUUCACAGAGUGGCCAUAGUAUUUUACAUUUCCACCAGCAAAGUACAGCAAGGAUUCCAAUAGCUCCACAUCCUCACCACUUGUUUUUGUCUUUGAUAGCUACACUAAUGGGCAUAAAGUGUUAUCUUAUUGUGGUUUUGAUUUGCCUUUCUCUUCUGGCUUUUGAUGCUAAGCAUCUUUUCAUGUGCUUAUUGGCAAUUUGUAUAUCUUCUAUGGAGCAGUAUUUAUCCAAGUCUUUUGCCCAUUUUUAAUUAUUUUGUUUUGUAGUUCUUUAUAUAUUUUGAAUAUUAAUGAUCUGAUACAUGAUUUGCAUCUAGCUUCUUAUCUGUGGGUUGUCUUUACACUUUCUUGAUAGUGUCCAUUGAUGGACAAAAGUUUUAAAUUUUGGUGAAAUUCAAUUUGCCUUUGUUAUUGUUUCCUGUGCUUUUGGUGUCAUAUCCAAGAAGACAUCGCCAAAUCCAAUGUCAUGAAGAUUUUCCUAUGUUUUCUUCCCAGAGUUUUAUAGUUUUAGCUCUUACAUUAAGAUUUUUUAUCCAUUUUGAGUUUUGUAUAUGGUGAAAGGUAAGGAUUCAAUUUUGUUUGCAUUUGUUGAAAAGACUGCCCUUUCUCCAUUGAAUUGCUUUGGCAGUCUACUCAAAAGUUAAUUGACUGUAUGUGAGGGUUUACUUCUGGGCUCUGUAUUCCAUUGGACUAUAUUACUCUCCUUUUGCUAGUACUGUUGUUGGAGAAAUACGUGGGCCAGAUUUUCCUGCUGCUUGUGGGUAUGGGUUGGCUCUUGCGACAUUUUGAGAAGAUGAAUUUUCUAAGAUUCUUAUUGGUGUGGACUUACAUUUCUCUGGUUGCAAAGUCGUAUGCCUCUUUAACCCAGGCCUGAAAAAGGUAUAGGUAGGGGUCAAGCAGAACACAAAGGAAGGCCAGUGUCCAGAACUUCUGUUCCAUGGUGGAGCUGGUUCUAUACAGCAUUAGGCUAGUCCUUAAGUCCGUUGUGUGAAGUCCACAUGGCCGUGGGCCUCGUGGGCGAAUGCAGGGGAGUGCAUACCAUGCAACAGGAGUCUCAAGAGAGUGAACUUCCUUUGUCUAGGAGUUUAAAUAUUCAGGUUGUGUGCCCCAUUCUGGCCUCUGACUUGUUCCUAGGUGUGACUAACAGGUAAGCAUCUUUCAAAUCACUCAGACCUUAUUGGGCAUGCAUCUAAACUGCCUUUGUCCAGUCCCUUCCUCCAUGGUCAGCAGGGAAUAGACUUGGAGAGUGUUAAAUUACAGCUUUCUAGCUAAGUUGUAUAAAUGGCAUAUCUGUAUUAUCUAGUCUUCUCUUUAUUUCUUUCCUGUUAACAAUAACCAGGCUAUUACAAUGGUGUCAGUACCAUACUGUUUUCAUUACUAUAGCUUUGUAAUAGUUUUACAUAUUUUAAUCCUCUGAACCCUAUGAGGAAGAUAGUAUUUCCCUUGUACAUUUGAGAAAACUGAAGCUUAGGAUUCUGACUUGGAUAACUAAAUACAAAAUAAUUAAAAUGCCAGAUGAGAAAAGGAAUUUUUUUUUAAAAUCCUCACCAGAGGCCAUUUUUCCAUUGAUUUUUAGCGAGUGGAAGGGAAGGGGAAAGACAAGAGGAAACAUCGGUGUGAGAGAGACAUGGAUUGGUUGCCUCCCACACGCACUCCGGGGAUUGAGCCUGCAACCCAGAUACAUACCCUUGACUGGAAUCGAACCUGGGGACCCUUUAGUCCACAGGCUGAUGCUCUAACCAUUGAGAAAAACCAGCUAGGGUCCUCAUGCAGGAGGCAACCAAUCAAUGUGUUUCGCUCACAUCAAUAUUUCUGUCUUGCCCUGCCUCUUGCACUCUCUCUAAAAAUCAAUGGAAAAAUACCCUUGGGUGAGGAUUAAAAAAAACAUGCAAAGAAAACCCCGGCUAGGGUGAAAAGGAGUCAUUUUAAAAAUCCCCAUCACAUUUCUAUUUAGAAAUACUUGGCUUUUUGAAAUACUAGAACCAGUAUAAGAAAAGAAUAUUAGUGUGCAAUUGUUGUAACUAUAAAAAUGGCUUCCUUGAAGUGCUUCUGAAUUAAUGUAAUUAAGGAAAUUAACUAUGAAAACCUGCUCUUCCAUAAAAGCAUGAGAACUAUAAAAGUUGUCAAAAUCAACUUAAUUUAUUCAGUAAAAACUAACAAGUUUUGUAGCAUUUUAAAUUGCCCUAUGCCCAUUUUCUCAGUUCCAGGGUAGACCUGAAAAUGAAUAGCCUUGUAACUAUAGUAGCUGUGAAACCCAGCAGUUUUGUAGCCUGAGAAGUGGGUUGAAGUUCCCCCUUAAGCCAGUUAGAUUGGACCUGUUUGGUGCCUCACUGAAAAGCUCUAUUCUUAGAGCUACUCUUUAUUUGACCUGAUACCCCUCACUCUCUGCAAACAGCCCUAUCUUCAGAAACAGCUGCAAUUGUUUAAUGUGGCAGCUGCCUUGAGGCAGUGCUAGAAAGAGGCUGACAAACAGAAAGGAGAAGCUGAGGGAUGACAUACCUGUAAAGGUUUGGAAAGGCUCCAAGAUAUUCUUGGGACUCUAGAGGGCGACAGGCAUGUGCAAGGUUGCAUGCACACCCAAGGACAAAAGGAGGCACCCAUCGAAGCUAUAGCAGAACUUGAGGCUCUUCAAGCAGGAAGUGAAGGUGAAGGCAGUGUAAGCUUCAUGUUGGAGUGUUGAGGGCAUAUUUGAAAACAUUCUCAGAGCACUUCAUGAAGGCUGGGAGAGUAACUGUUUCAGGGCACCUAAUGAAUUUUCUGUCCAACCUUUAGCUGACCUUUAAGCUAACAAAGCAGAAUGUAGUGCUCAUAUACAGCAAAGAAUGCUCACUUUGCAGAAUUAGUCCAGGUAGAUUACUAAACAGCAAACUUGACAAAUCCCAGGGAUGUGAAGGGAUUCUUUUAUCCAACAUUGCCCAGUCAUAUUUCAAAUAUCUAGUUUCCAACAAAAAUUUGCAUGUCAUGUAAAGAAACAGGAAAGUGUGAGAAAGCCUAGAUGUUGGACUUAAUGAAACAAAAUGUUUAAAUCAGCUUUUAAAAAUAUGUCCAAAGAACUAAAGCCAUUUUAAAAUAACUAAUUUGAGAACAGUCUUUCACCAAGUAGAGAAUAACAAUAGACAUUAUACUAAGAGAACUAAAUAAAAAUACUGGGUUGGAAAUAUACAAUAAGUGAAAUAAAUCCAACAGAGGAGCUAAUAGAUUUGAACUUUGAACACAGGAAGAAAGGAACAAGGGAGAGACCUGUGGGACACCAUCAAGUGUACUAAAAUGUAUAAUGGGAGUCCCAGAAGGAGAGAAAGUAAAGGGGCACUUUAUGUAUUUGAAGAAAUGCUUCAAAUUUCAAAAUUUGGUAAAAAUCUACAUCUAAGAAGUUCAACAAAUGCUAAAUAACAGAGAAACUCUUGGAAAUAGCAAGAGAAACAGCAAGAGAAAAGUGACCCAUUGCAUACAAGGGAUCUUUGAUAAGAUUAACAACUGGAUUCUCAUGAGAAGUCAUGGAGGCCAGGAGGUAAUGGAAGUGUUGAAAGGAAAAGGCAGUGAACCAAGAAUUCUAUAUGAAGCAAAUUCUCAAAAGUUAAAGAUAUUAAGGUAUUUCGUCUGGAGUGUGGCAUUCUGAGAACUGAAGAAUUUUGUAAAGAUAUGGAUGAAUCUGUAUCCUAAAUCCUUCACUCCAAUGAACCUCACUUAAAAUGGAUGUUUCCUGUUUUGGUGGAUGACCCCUUCAAGGAGUUAGUUACCUUGCAAAAAGCAUCCCAUCUGUUUUAUCCCUACAAUCCCUCAUCUUCAGAUCCCAGCAUGUUCUGGGGACAAGUACAAAGUGCCUCCUGAAAGAAUGCUUUUUUUUUUUUUUUUUUAUCCUGUAUACCAGUGGUUCCCAAACUUAUUUGGCCUACCGCCCCCUUUCCAGAAAAAAAUAUUACUCAGCACCCUCUGGAAAUUAAUUUUUAAAAAAUUUUAAUAGCAAUUAAAGAUAUAUGUAUUAAUGUUUCUACCUUUUUCAUAAUAUAUAGUAAAGAAAGGUGUAAAUUAGAAACAUUGAAGUUUGAAAUUAUGAAACUAUUUAUUGAACUCAGAAUAGAAAGGUAAUACAAAAAAAGUUAAAACAAAUGCACCUGUGGCCAUCACCGCUCCCCUGGAUCGCUGCAGCGCCCACCAGGGGGCGGUAGCGCCCACUUUGGGAAUCACUGCUGUAUACUGAUGAUUUAUGGAGAAUACCUGUGGAAAUAGAUUCCGCGUAUGUUAGAUCUUGAAGUAAGAAACAAUCUUAAAAUUGGGUCAAAUUAUCAGUAUGGGUACACUUACACGAGAGAGUACAUCAGCUUGAAUAGCUGGGAGUGGUUCUGUUUACUUGGUUGAAGUUUUGACUCAGCAGUGCUGAAUCUAAAUGGGCAAUGAGGUGCCAAAAAUUCCGAUACAUCAUAGAGAAAGGAAAUCAAAGACUUAGAAGGGGAAAUGUUGGAGAGGAUUUAUGUGAUUGGAGCGACUAUCAUCAAGAAAUGCUCUGGUGAGAAGAGAAGUAGCACUCUGAAAAGCUGUAAUAUGGUCUGACAGGACUUUUUGGCCUUGGCUAAGUGGUCAUAUGAUCCAAAGGACCAAAGUGGUCCCAUUUGAUUUAUCUAACUGAAAACUGCAGGUCACUACAGCUACUGUAGAGAUUAAGAUCCCUUAUCCAUUUCCCAGGCCUGAUUUAAUUCACAUUCCCAGAGCCUUUUGAGAAAGGAUCCUGCUAUAAGUUUGUAUUAUGUAUAUUCUUAGCCUUCUCCAAAGUAACCUGUGGCCAUUUACCAGAGCAGUUAUUUUUACACCAAGGAAAGAACUCCCUAGACUUUUUGAAAUUAUUGAACACCUGGUCUUAGUCAUUUCUGCAAAAUAUUCUCUGGUGAUUAAUGAAGUUUUAACCAAAAUCCACCACAGUGGCACCCAAACCCUUCAGGUUACUUCUCCCAUUUCCUGAGUCUAUGGUUAGAGUAUUAAGAUAAGCAACUAGCAGAGCCAGCACACCAUAACAACCAGUUUCUUGUGUUUACCAAAUUUUAAAGGAGUGAUACAGAUGCCUUUAUGUUCCAAAUUGUUAUGCAAACAAGGUGCUAAUGUAGAAUUAGAUGGAAUUUAAAAGGAUUUCCUCUUUAGGUUGAUGUAGUUCCAAACUACUUCCUACCAAGUAGUGAAGUUAAUAUAGAAAAACAUGUAUUUUUAAAAAGUUACUUGCAUAUUUUAUAUCAAAUUAAGCUCUCGUAAAAUUCAACUUCACCAAAAUGUUACGCUAAGCAAUUAGCAAAAUUUUAAACUGAUAUUCAACAACAAACACUAAGUCAGAUGGGCCAAGUACUGAUUUGCCUUUGGAUUUAUAGUAAUUUUUAUUUUUAGUUAUUCUUAUCUUUAUACAAAGUAAUACCAUUUCUUUUUGUGCUCAUUUGUGAGUUUAAUUGUAAUUGGCAAGAAUUAUAGUUUUAUUAUGGUCAUAAUAGAAACAAAUGCACUUCACAUAUUCCUUUAUUUUACCAAAAUGUAUGAUUCCAUUAAUUGAAGGGGAAAAAAUCCUCCAGGACUAUGCUGUAAUAAAGAUUUUCCCUGGAUUUUUGUGUAUGUCACUGGAGUGCAGUGUAUUAAAAACCUUCAGUUAUUUCUCCCCCUUCAUCCUCACGCUUCAUGCUUAUAAAAAAGUUACUUCCUUUAACAAAUACUUCAGGGUAAAUAUGGAUUAGAUCCUUGAGACAAAAAUCCAAACUUUAUACUAAAUCCUUUCAUCGAAACUCAUUCAAAUGAAGAACAGUAUUUAUUAAUGGAAACAAGAUUUUUGUUUCAACUAAUUUUCAUUAUUAUGUUAGCCUGGUCUACUUUAUACAAAAAAUGAGCAUAUACACACAAACCAAACAACCAACCCCCCCCCCCUACAUUCAAACAAAAAAAAAAUCUACCCCCAAAACAAAAAAUCCUCACUUCAUAAGUGGGCAAGUUUUACAUAUGAGGUAGCACAACCAAGCAAAUGAAUAUUUACAUGCAUUAACUGAGGCACUUGAGAUCACCCAAUUUGUUUUUAACAAAAUCUCGAGAAUUUCAGUGCUUGUGAACAAUUAUAAUUGGAACAGUCAUCUCAAUUUACUUUGGCAAACUAUUACUCUCAAGUGUAGUCUAGAUCUAGACCUGAAACUUAGAAAAAAAUGGAUUUCUAUCUCAGGCAAGUAUUUAAUUUCUCAAAAACUAAAAAUUAAAGGAUUAAUGUGGGAGAGAUGUGAAUUCUUAAAAUCAGGAAUGUAUUUUAACUUCGUAAUUGUGAAAUAUAUUAGUGACCUGAAAGGAUACUCUUCUUCCCAUUCAGCAUCAAUUUAAGCAGAGAUGUGACUUACGUGACAUACAUAAAAUUCCAAAUACUUUGCAUGUGAGAAUUUUCUGAGUUAUUAAAUAGUAGGUGAUCUCAGUCAAUUCUAAGUUUUCUUUAAGAAAAACUUGGAAAGCCUAACUCCCAAACCAGUUAAGUUAGAAACUGCUACUUUUAAAAUGAAAACAGCACUUUUUUAUUUUUACACCACUGAAUUGAAAGAAUAAAAAAAGAACUACAGUUGGUAUGGAGAAGUAUUAGACAGAUGAUCUAUAAAGAUGUAUGGGAAUAAACACUUCUCUACUUUUACCAUCUUCUGCAAUUGCUUGCUUCUGCUUUGUCAUUCACUGACAUUUCAACCCUUUCAGCUACUGUAUCUUCUGAUGUAGAUUGGACAUGGCCCUCUGACUGUCCUCCAGUGUAGGUGGGGGUACUGUACUUUAAAAGGAUAGAUUUAAACUGCAUCAGAGGUGCAUCUGUACGAACACCCAUUGGGUCAAAAUGAGUUCGGCUUACUCUAAAGCCUGCUUGAGAAAGAUAGCACAGAAACUUUUUUAACCUGCAGCAAGAAAAAGGAAAACAAAAUGAGGUUAUAAUUUUAUUUAAACCAUUGUGUCAUUAAAUUAUAAAAUAUACAUGUUGCCAUUGACUGGCUAUCUUACUUUGGCAUAUUCAUCCCUUUAAUGCUGUGUCUGUGGAUGUUGUAAUAAAAGGGAGGAUGUUCAGUACUGGCAUCAGCCUUUUGUUUCUUGGCUAAAUUUGUGAUUGUUUCAGUACAUUUUCUUUUUCCUGAAACACACAAAUACACACAAAGUUAGCAUUCUCUUAAAAAUUAUAAACCUAAUACUUUUAUAACUCUAUGCUAUCUCAAGUCUAAAUCCUCUGACACACACCAUUUCAACUAUCCAGUCUUAAUUCUUAAGAGAACUCAUUGCAAGAAUAAGAUAUUUUCAUUUCCACUAUCCUUAACUGAUGUAAUUUUAGUAUUUAACUAUUUGCUGAGUCAGAACUUACUUUCUACCUUCUUGAAUGUCAAGCCUCAAUUCUAUUUUCAUCUGAAGAAAGCUAUUUGAAUUCUGGGCCAAUCACCUCACAGACUUCAUUACUAUCAAUACUACUCAGAGUUUGAUUAAGUUCUAUCUUCUUUGAUUGUUUCAUGUGUGUAGGUCUUUUCUGUGUGUAAAUCCCCCCCCCCCCCCCCAGAUUAUAUUACAUUAUCCUGGGGAUAAUGCCCUUCCGUUUUUAUACUUGUACUCUCUACCGAAUGCCAAUAUUUGAUAAAUAGGUCUUCAAUGAAUAACCUGUCCAAGGUUAUACAACAAAAAACACAAAGAAGCAGAAUGAUGCUCUUAAAUCUAAUGCUCAUUACUGUAUACCAUACUGCCUUUUUCUUACCCCCGAGAGAGAAAUUAAGUGUGCACACAUCCCAAAUUAUAAGAAAGGCCAUACAAUACAUUCUUAUGGCUAGAGAAUAGACCUUCUGGGUAAUCAGUGGAAUUGUUACGCAUCAUAUGGUGGUGAAAAAGUUUAAAAGAAUAAGAAUAAUAAAAUGUAAUCAAUUCUAUCAAACAGAAUUUGAUCUUAUUUUGGUUCACAUCGUUCUUUCAAGAUAUUACAGUUCUCUCAAAGGGAUGCAUUAUAUAUUAGAACUAUGAGUGCAGUACAUGUUCAUAGAAAUUUUGAACUGUGUAAAUGCCAGAUAAACAAGUUUUACUGUAAUUAGGUUGUCGGUAUAAUAAAAAAAAAAUGCACUGUGAAAUAGGCUACCAAAGAAAUCUCUUCCUACUCUUUUGCUGUCUGAUUUUUGCACUGAUACAUACACAUGUACAUACACAUACACACAUAUACAUACAUACCUUGUGCAAUGUAAUUAUCUGUUGUGGUAUCAUCUGUAGUUUUAAUAGAUAUACCACAUUCUUCUAAAAUAAAAACAAAUGGGAAUCAAAAUAUUUUACAGGACGUUAUCAAGUAACAAGUCAAAGUUUAAAGAAAGCUUAUUUCUAAAUUAUAUCCACACUGCUUUUCUGAAUAUAUAGAUUCUAUGACAAAACAGGGCAAGAAUUAAUUUUUAAUCCUCUAUAACAACUGCUGCUUCUAAUGAGUUAUGAGAAAUGUUAGGAUGUCUAAUAGGCCCACCCUGAGGUCAAUGGCCAGAUAAAAACGACAAAAGCCCAUU